AUGAACGACUCGAUGCAUGUCGACCUGCAGGGCGUCGACGUUGAUCUGUUCGGCGACCCUGUAGAUCUCGGCUUGCCCAUCAGGCCCCCCAGCAAGCAACUUCAGCAGAGGCUCGAUGAGCUGAGGGAUCAUGGCUGCUGCCAGGGCAUUGCAUGGUCAAAACAAGGCACUGUGGCUUCAAUCGGCGCCGAUGGCAAGUCCAUCGAGCUCCGCUAUCUUCGCGUCCAUCCCAAGGACGGUUCCUGGGGCCUCAGCGAGCCGACGUCCUGGAGCCAGUUUGGCAGCAAUUUCAACGGAGGUCCCAUCACCCACCUGGUAUGGUCACCUGCCGUGGGCGCCGAACUGGCCGUCAUCGAUGCCGCUGGCCGUGUCAGCGUCUUGAAUUUCAACACCAAUAUCAAUAGGCCCUAUCUGGUGCGCCCGUGGGAUUCCGACCCAAUCGACGACCUCCAUGCCGUUGUCGGCUGCUACUGGCUGCCAUUGAUGCCUCAGAACAAGCAGCAGUACAACGUGCUUCACGGACCCGCCGUCAAAGAGGGAAACACAUAUCGCUAUGAGAAUACCUAUCUGCCGGCACUGGGACCAUGGCACCCCAACCCUAGCAAGAGUGCUCUUCUCUGUGUCACCGCCAACGGCACUCUCAAGCUCUUCUUUACCCAGAACAACAACAGGUUUCAGGAAACCCAGCUGGAGCUCGAGAGUGUGUCCUCCAACGAGGAUCUUGUUACCCACGCCUCAAUAUGCUCUUAUGACAAGGUAUCCCUGAUCGUGGCUAUGGCCACGAGCUCGAAACGGCUCGAGACCGUACGGAUACAUAUCAAUUGGGGGCUCCCUGCCACGGAGAAACAGGUGCCGCCGGGUAGCAUGCCGCUCAACCCGUCCUUCAAGGAAAAACGGUUGGCCAUCACGCGCUGGUUCCAGUUUGACCCCAACGACCCGCAAGUAGAUGCUAUGACAGCGCAGAUCUCACAUCUCGAAGUGAUACAACCCACUGUUGACAGCUCUGGACAGUCCUUCACGCAUCCCAUCAUACUUGCCGUACGCUCUCAGAUUCCCGCCGCCGGUUCCGGCUUCGCGCAAGAGCCCCAGAGCAUUGUAAACUGCUGGGAGCUCGUCACCGAUCAGCAGCCCGCAACACAUCCCUCCUUCCAACAGCUUCCUUCCAAAGGCACAGUAUCUGCGCCAUCAUCCACUUCUCGUCUGAAGAAGCUCGAUUCUAUCAUCGUCAACAAAGUUAUUGUGUCCGUCCACACUCUUCACCACUCGAAGUUUAUAUGCUUCGCCUUCAGCGAUGGAACCGUUCAGUACCGGGAUAGGGUGACGAUGCACGAGAUCUUUGGCGAGGCUGAUCCCAGCAAGAUCACCGUCCUCAACCAAGCAGGAUUCCAUUUCACCGAUGAAAACCCAUGUAAGAUCCUUCCCCUCGGCUUUGCAAAGCUUCGCCGUACUCACGCAGAGAACACGCAGGCUUGCAGAUGGCAUUCUCGCCAACCAACUGUUCCUUCGUACAAAUAUGCGAAGACUACAAGGUCAAAUGGAGCUGCCUACAGUGUAUUUCCCAGGAGGUUGGCUCAACAACUCAGGAUGUACUAUGCUACCAUUGCGGGCUUGACCGUCACAGCAUCAACUGCGGCGACUUCACAAAUGUCUUUCGAUGAUGUGCUCGCCAUCGCCAGGCGGUUCGCAGAUAAACCACGCUUUCCAUACGACUGGAUGACCGAGAUCAUCCGCAUGCUGAAAGUGCAUAUCGAUUACUCUGAGGAUGCACACCACGAUUCUCUCGUGAGGAACCACCAAUUACAACUUUGCCUGGGUCUGUUAAACCACCUUGGUUUUAACGGAGAGUUCAGGCCGAGGUCCUUUUCCAGCAAAUUUGCUAUGUUGGCGCUUAGUGUGCGGAACAUUGUGAUUCUCAUCACUAUUGCUAAUAAUACUCCGCUCAACCUCAAGGAGAAAUUAAAUCCCUUGGACGAGCCGGAAGUGGUCGAUGCCUUGGCCGGCUGCACCAGAUGGGCACUGAGCCUGCUAGCAUACCUUACAGAUAGUCUUCUGAACCUCAUGGCCGAUGGAGAGUUCAAAGCUCUGUUAACUCCAGCCCGGUUUAACGAGUUGGUGGCUUAUCUCCAGAGCAAGAACGAGGUCUCUCUGCACCUGGUGCUCUGCUCCUCGACCCGGGGCUUACUGGCUGCCCUCUGCCGGCGGCUUGAUCUUUUGGAGUCCCUGUCAAACAGGGCCAUCCAGUACUACGAGAAUAUUGCUUUUCCAAAGGCUGCGCAGGACCCUGCGAGUGUGCCUCGAUCCCAGACUCCGCUUUUCCAGGCGUACUCCAAGAUUCAGCGCUACACGUCGGCCAGCAUCGUCAAAAUCUCCAAGUUCAACGAGCUGCUGGCGACACUGAGCAUCGACAUCCGGAAUGCGUAUCAGAGCUCGCUCGCCAACCUUAGGAAUGCCCAGGGGAAUGCCGCUAAGGGCGGUCAGCAGGGCCAAAACCCGGUCGAGCAGCAGAUGAAGCGAAUGCAGGCCCACUGCGAACUGACUCUGCUCCUGGCCAACAACCCACCCAUCACGUUCCUGCCAGUCAUCAGCAAGUUCUUCAACCAGGAUCUCCAGACUUUCCAGGCACAGGUCAACAGACCUGAGCUGUUUUUCGCGGACUAUUCGAUCCUGGAGGUGGACGAGGACGAGACUUGCUUGCUGCAAAAGCGGUCAAAGGGCAAGUAUAUCGACGUCUUCAGGCGCGUGGAGCUGGACGCUCCUAAGGGGCUCCCGGUCAACUCUCUGUCCGAGGUCAAUGCCAGCCCGCAGUGGAGGAGGUGCGUCAGGUGUGCCGCCAUCAUGGAAGAUGCCAACACCAUGCGGCCAGGCUUCACCUUUGUGCUGGCGCAGCAGAGGAAAUGUAGCUGCGGCGGCAACUGGGGAUUGUUACCGAGAGGAGCACUGUAUGGCUAG